UAAUAAUAAUAAAAUAGUUCCCGUAAUCAUCAAUCAGGAUGGAAGCGGUGAGAGAUUGGGUUGAGUGUAUAAAUGGCCACUGGAUAGCGAUGAUCGCUGCAGGAAUGUACACACACAUUCGUCAAAUAUGUGUAAUUGGAUUCUGCUUUGAAGACGGGCCAAUUGUUCAUCCUUCAUACCAGUCUUUGCUAUUUACUUUUUCGAUUUUGUCGGUUUUUGCAGAACACAAACCUUGGCCGAGGUCUUUGAAAGCACCACCGGCUUAUCUUUUGUACAUCUACGAAAUGUUAGUUGCUGCUUUAGUUGCUAAUUUAUCAACUAGAGUAAUUUGGACACCUCUCGUUCACGUUAUUUGGGCACUGACUCAAGAGUCGAGUAAAUGGCUAAUGUGGAUAAAUACAACGAUGGGACUAAAUUCUUACUCAGUGGUUGCCGGUCUUGCUAAUUUCAUGGCAACAGACGAGGCGGCUAACUACAUGACAUCUUGCUUGUCCAUACUAUCGUUUGUAUGGAUGAUGGACGCGACAGAAUCUCUUGAUGCUCUGCUCGACUACAUGUCCAGUGAUUAGUGAAUAGUCGUUGAGAAUAUGACGGAGAAUCGAGAACGAGCGAGGUAUUGUUUUCUUCAGGAUCAAAAUCUAUCACUUAUGGCUUGUGGGAAGAGGACUCAACGCUCGUAGGGUUUCCUUCCAAGAUCCUGAAGUAACUGAUUGGUUUUUUUACACUCGCGGAUCGACUGAUACAUCCAAGUCAUCAUCAUCACGGUCAUUAUUUUAAUUGCAAUAAAAUAUUUAAAUUAAAAGUUAUAAGUUUUAAAAUUGCUGUAAGUUAUAUAAAAUAAAAAACGUCCAAUUGCAAACAAGUUCAGAGUUAUAAGUCAAAUAUGGUUUGAGAUUUUUUUUUUUAUUU